AUGAGUUCCCACCAGCAGAAGCAACCAUGCACUGCACCCCCUCAGCUGCAGCAGCAUCAGGUGAAACAGCCUUGCCAGCCACCACCCUCAGAACCUUGUGCCCCCAAAACCAAGGAGCCUUGCAACCCCAAUGUUCCUGAGCCCUGCAACCCCAAGGUUCCAGAGCCCUGCCAGCCUAAGGCUCCAGAGCCCUGCCAGCCUAAGGUGCCUGAGCCCAGUCAGCCCAAGGUGCCUGAGCCUUGCCAGCCUAAGGCACCUGAGCCCUGCCAGCCUAAGGCGCCUGAGCCCUGCCACCACAAGGCACCUGAGCCUUGCCACCCCAAGGCACCUGAGCCUUGCCACCCCAAGGCACCUGAGCCUUGCCACCCCAAGGCACCUGAGCCUUGCCACCCGGUUGUUCCUGAGCCAUGCCCCUCAAAUGUCACUCCAGAACCGUAUCAGCAGAAGACAAAACAGAAGUAA